AUGUUGAGUGUGUUGAGAAGAAGUCAGCUUUUGAAAAGCUGUGCAACUAGACAAAUACGGUGUAAUUCCACUGUGAAGACCACCUCGUACGAUCCAAAAGAUCUUUCAAUCCCAGAGCAUUCAUCAAUCUUUAGUUUAAUCCAACCAACCGGGAAAUUCCACUUAGGUAACUAUCUUGGUGCUAUUAGAGUAUGGAAUGAUUUAUGUGAGAAAGCUCCAGAUUCUUCUCGUGUUAUUUAUGGUGUUGCGGAUUUACAUGCCAUGACCAUUCCAAAACCUGCAAAACAAUUGAAAACUUAUAGAUAUGAAGCUAUCGCAAGUAUCUUAUCCUCGGGAAUUGAUAGUGAUAAAGCCAUAAUAUACCACCAAAGUGCAGUUUCUGAACACUCAGAGCUUUACUGGAUCCUUUCAUGUCAUGCCGGUGUGGGAUAUCUGAAUAGAAUGACUCAAUGGAAGUCCAAAUCAGAAGGGUUAGACUCUGCAAGUUUGGGACUAUUUGCAUAUCCAGUCUUGCAAGCUGCUGAUAUAUUACUUUAUAAAUCAACCCAUGUCCCAGUUGGUGAUGAUCAAUCUCAACAUCUUGAAUUGACAAGACACUUAGCUACUCAAUUCAAUAAACAUUUCAAGAAAACUUUCCCAAUACCGACAACAAUUUUGGCACCAACAAAGAAAAUCUUGAGUUUGAAAGAUCCUUCCAAAAAGAUGUCCAAAUCUGACCCGGAUCAAAAUGGUACCUUGUAUGUGAAUGAUACACCAGAAGUUUUGCAAAAGAAAAUCAAAAAGGCUGUCACCGACUCCAUCUCUACACAUUUUAACUAUGGUCCUAUAAACAGACCAGGAGUUUCAAAUAUGAUCAAUACAAUUAGUGGUAUUCAAAGAAAAUCCAUUGAAGAAGUUGAAAGAGAUAUUGCGCACUUUAAUGACCAUCAAACUUUCAAGAAUUAUGUCACAGAUGUCAUCACUGAAGAAUUCACCAAACCAAGAAAGUUAUUUGAUGAAUUGAUGAAAGAUCCUGAAUAUUUACAUAGUGUUGUUGAGAAAGGUAACUCAAAAGCUAGAGAAAUUGCAUCCAAAACUUUGAAAGAAGUUAAAAAGAAUGCAGGUUUAGAUUGA